GCAUGAGGAUUUGAAUCACUUAGGAAAUUAAAAUUAUUUUAUACCUUUUCUUUUACAAACUAAAUUUUUCUAACUAUAUCAUACCCUCAUAUGCAAUCUUUAUUUAUAUAUAUUACUACUAUUAAAAUAGCUGCUUCUAUGUACUCGGUGUUCACCUUGUUGUGCUAAUGGGGUAUGGCAACUUGGACCGAUGCAUAUAUGUGCCUGGAAUAACGUUGUACGUGACUGACUGAAGACCAGUCCUGAAACAAAACUUCGAAUUUGGAGCGAGUGAAACGCAUUCAUGAAUACGCUUGCAUUUUUUCUCAGUGCGAUUAGAAGUAUAAAUUUUGUGAGCGUUCUCACCAAAAACCUAUAUCUGCACGUUAUAAAUCAAUAAAUCGGUCUCCUAACAAAAGAUCAACACCCUAACUUAAAUAUACUCAUUUCCACUUCUUCCACGCGAUAGUUCAGCUAUAUCAGUACCCAAUAACUUAUUUCGGUACUUAAUUUUUAUGUGACUAAUCUUUUGGGAUCUUGAUAGACUAAUGUACCUUCCAUACUCCGACAUCGUUUUGUACAUCCUCCCUGUGUGUAAGUUACCAUUAUCUACGUCUCACAGCUUUUCAUCUUAUUUCGAUCUUCGUAUUCAGUGUCUUCAUGAAAUACACACGAGAUACGACAAACUCUAGAACUGUGGAAUAAUAUAACACCCUACCAGUAGUGCUGGGAAUUUCGACAAGAGUCACAUGGAUCUACUCUCCCGGCUUAUCUAGCUCAUAAAUUUUUAGAAGGGGAUUUUGUGGAGACUUAAGUAAUUUCAAUUGUUGAGAUCAUGAAUCAAUUGAAGCUAGAACACCAUGAAAAACCUGGAAGCACUGGACGGCCAUUUUGUCCCAGUAUGGGACUUUUCUGCAAUGCGUAUCCACUGUUCCGCCUCGCAGGAUUCGAACUCUAAUGUUAUCCUUUUAAGUUUUCAAGGAAGCUUUGAUUACGUUUUAAAACAUAUUGGCUCCAGUAUAUCUCUAUGAUUUACGAUUUACAUGAAUAAUAAUUCGACAUUUCAGAUGGCGUUGUUUGGUGCUCCGUUUCCCAGAUAUAUAACUUAUACAGAUUGGUUACAUGAUGCAUGUAAUACUGACGAUGUUUAUUACACAUAUAAUGGACGCAUAGUAAAUAAUAUGGAAGAAAUUCCUGAAUGUGCUUUGUUGAACGUGCACUAUCGUUUGCGCGGUGGUAAAGGGGGUUUUGGAUCUAUGCUACGGGCUAUUGGGAGUCAAAUCGAGAAGACAACCAAUCAUGAAAUGUGCAGAGACUUAUCAGGUAGGAGAAUGCGUGAUGUAAACCUGGAAAAAAAAUUAAAGGAAUGGUAUGCUACGGCUGACGAACGGGAACGUAAAAAAGCAGAGGAAUAUAUUGAAAGACGACGAAAACGUCAAGAACUAUUAAAACAGGGUCUUUUACCUGAACAUAGUUUUUCAGAUCGUGAAUAUGAACGACAGAAACGUAAAAUUGCUUACGAACUACGGGGAGCCUUAGAUAUAGCCAUAGAAAAUGUUAAGAAAGAAAAGAAACAAACGGAAGUCCAACCUGUAAUUUCCUCUGAAAAGCAGCUGAAUGCAAAGCGUACUCGAUUAUGGAUUGAGGAAAUGGACAAAGAGCUGUCUUCGGGUUCUAGCGAUGAAGAAUUUUCGGCUAGCUCGUCAUUUGACAUUUCCUCUAGUCUUGCAAAACAAGAUGAUAAUUUGCCCGUAAAAGAUGAUACCAAAGCCAAAACGGAUUCUACAGAAAUCCUUAACAGUAUUAAAUCAGAUGUAAUCGUCGAAGAUAAAAAAGAAUUGCAAAGUGCUUGUAGAAAUACCUCAAAAGAAACCGCACAACCUUUGACUGACCAACAGUUGCGUGAAGUAGAUACUGCUGAAAACCUCGAAGUGUUCGGCUUAGAUGUUCUUAAAGCAACCUUAAUGGCUCGGGGUUUAAAGUGCGGAGGGACGUUGAAAGAACGAGCUAGCCGUUUGUUCUCAAUCAAAGACUUAAGUUCCGAGCAAUAUCCUGCAAAGUUACUAGUGAAGAACAGAUAA